AUGCCAGAAGGUGAUCCAGAGGCUAGAUAUCGACCGCUGCUCUGGAGAGUCCUUAACAAGGGUCCAAUUGAACGCGAGAACAUGUACAGAGGCCUAGCGCCUUGGUCGACUGAGUAUAAUUCAAAUUAUUCGCCCAAAACGUUUGGCAUAGAUACGUGUGCCUUCGACGACACUCAGGUGGGGGUUCCUGAGUCCACGGGUUACGUAAUCAAUAAAAAAACGGAGGAACCUUUCCUCUACCAGUCUCCACCACUACCCAUGGCUAAAACAUCCUACACUCUGGAAUUUAGACCCUACCGUCCGCGCACGGUGGAUGUCCACACGGACGGAGGUCCCAAAACCGUUUUGCCCGACGGCUUCUCUAUCGGCAACAAGGCGGAUGUUGACUUCAUGCCACUAACUGACAAAAAUAUCCCAAGCUGUUUCGGAGAGAAACUAUAUGGAUGCGCGAGGGAACUCUUUAAACGUGACAUGCCAAAAUACUGGAAUUCGUACCACGCAAGUGCUUUUCCCGGACAGGUACGAUCGAUUGAACGACGCCCAGAUUUACCUGACGCGCGUCUGGGCAGGAAUUGUAAAGACCUGAAGCCAUGCCUUAAGGAUGGGACGAACGACGGCUCCAUAUUCAAAUCGGCAAAUGCGGGGCAGCGUAAAACGUGCACGUUCGCUGAGCUUGUAAACGUGGAUUCUCAACCUCGCAAGGUCACUGGCGGCGUUGUUGGAUUGGACAAGUUUGCUCCAAAAGUAGCCACAGCAUUUCAACCAGCAGGGGUGCCUGAUUAUGAGUGCAAGUAA